AUGAAUAUAUUAUCAUUUAAACCAAGAGUGAUUGUAACAUCAGAUAUAUCAGCAAUAGCAGUUUGUAAAGCUAGUCCAGUUAUAUGUAAGAUACCGUUAAUAAUGUUUUCACCAUCAAUUGGAGUAUUUGAAAGAUUUACUUUUUGUAAAUUAAAUAUUGAUUUGGAAAGAUUUCCUUUAGUACUUAUUAUACAUAGUAUAAAUGAUAAACUUAUACCAACAAGGGAUAUUCUACAAAUUUUAAAUGAAUAUAAAAGUGAUAAAGUAAGAACUCACUUUAUAGAAGGUAUAGGAACUUUAUCAGCUACUUUUGCAAGUGUUUCAAAUAGAGAAAUAAGAGAAUUUAUAUUAGAAGCUAUUGAAUCAGAAAAAUCUGUGGAAUGUAACAAUAGUUCAUCUUCAUUCAAUGUAUUAUUACCACCAUUACAAGAGACAAUACCAGUUGAAUUUGAUCCUAUAAGGCAUCCACAUGAUAAACAAGAAGAUAUAACUUUAGAUACUGAAGAGACUCCUUUAAUAGAAACUAACGAUAUUAUUGAUUCUAUAGUAAAUCAAAAUAAGAACUUAGGGCAAAAUAAUAAUAGAGAAGGAAAUAAGAUAGCAAAAAUAUUUGCAGCAAAUUUAUUAAUGUCAAAAUUACAAAAUAAAAAAAAGACAAAUACAAGAAAUAAGGAUAUUCGUAAAAUCAUAAGAAAUUUAAAUGUAUUAGAAGACAUAGAAUAA